AGUUGUGCUUCCGCUGAGAUACAAAUUUACAGAAUAUCCAUUCAAAUUCUACACCCUCGAACAGGUUUUCAGCAAACUGAGCAAACUACUUAAAGAUAAACAACUGAUGCCAACCAACAGAAAGAAAAGGGAAAGGCCUGCUGACACUGCUGAACCACAAGAUGGAAGUAAGAAGAAAGCAAAGCUCACCAGCACCACAGUGAACCUCGUUCUUCUGGGAUUGGCUGGGACUGGAAAGAGUGCCAGUGGAAACACCAUCCUUGGAAGGAAGCACUUUGUUUCUAAACCCAGUUCAAAUCAAGUCACCACAGAGUGUCAGGUGGCAGAAACUGAGAUAAAUGACUUACAUGUGCGUGUGAUUGAUACUCCAGACAUGUUUGAUGAUGACACUGAACCAUCAGUUCGGGACAAACAUGUAAAAAGGUGCAAAGAGCUCUGUGAGUCAGAACCCUGUGUGUUUGUACUUGUGAUGCAUGUGAGCAGAUUUACAGAUGGUGAGAGAGACAUACUGAAAAAGUUAGAAAACACUUUUGGGACCAAAGUGAAAGAACAAACUGUCAUCCUGUUCACCCGAGGAGACAACCUGGAGGAGGCAGAAAUGAGCCUGGAGGAUUUUCUUCAUUCCUGUCAACCUGGUCUGAAAGAAAUCAUUGAAAAGUGCGACAACAGGUGUGUUGUUUUUGAGAACCGCAGCUCAGGUUCAGACCAGGUGGAAAAGCUAAUGAACACAGUGAGCACGGUGUUAAAGAACACAGCAAAGAUACAAUAA